UAUAGCGUCACGUGCCAUCAUGUAUUCUAUUAGGAAUUUUCAGCUUUUUGAACUUUUAUGACACCUCAGCGAGUGCGUUAUAUAUAACCUGGUAAUCUGUUCUUCAUAUCAUAUAUUACUUUAUCUCUGUUUCUGUAUUAAGAUAUUUACAUUUUCUCUAUCUAUUUUUCUUUCCCAUUCUACUUAGUAUAACUAUAACUAUAACUACAAUUACCAAUCAUUUCAAAAAUGGCCGAUGGUUUUGGAAAGCUUACUGAAGCUCCAGUUGAUUUUGUGAAAGAAGGAAUAGUUUUCGUCAAGAAAUGUACAAAACCUGAUAAGAAAGAAUACUUGAAAAUUAUACAAGCUGUUGGUAUUGGUUUUAUCAUGAUGGGUGUUGUAGGUUAUGGUGUCAAAUUAAUUCAUAUUCCAAUUCGUGCUUUAAUUGUCUAAUCCUAAAUUAAGAUUUUUUAAUUAUCAAUAUUAGCAACAUUACCAAAAUUAUUAAUAAUUUCAAGUUUCAAUUAUGGAAAAUCGUAAAAUCAUCAAUAAUCUUUUUUUAUUUCAUUUAUUUUUAUUUUUGUCUUAUCCUUAUUUUAUCCUUAUUUAUAUGGGUUUAUUUUUUUUUUUUU